UACAGGUGACCAAACAUUCAGUACGCGCUGAAACGGCGACGCUCGCGCACGUCUCGAGUGAAGUGAAUCGACAAAGGAGCCAUUUAUAAAAAAGAAGAAGAAGAAGUGAAUCGUAAUGAAGGUCCUGUCAGUCGUGGACGAAGUGGCCAGGGUCGGGAGUGAAAACGAACCGACGGUGCACGAGGAAAUCGGAAAAGUCACGAAGGAGGAACUUAACAGAGGCUGUCCCCUUGGCGUGUCCCGCGUGAUAGACAAUGUCUACGUCUGUGGAGCCCACUCUCUACCUGGGGCUAUUAAGGCCCUGCACCCUGGUCUGGUGAUCAACGCAGCACCAGAACUGCCUCCACCUCCGGAGGACUAUGUGCCGAUACACUUCGUGCCGUUGCUAGACACACCCAGCUCCGACAUGCUCACGUACAUGGACAGCGUUGCCGACUUGAUCAAUGAGGUCGCUAGUAGGAAUGAGAAUGUUUUGGUGCACUGCGUGGCUGGUGUGUCCCGGUCCGUCACACUCUGCCUGGCGUACCUGGUCAAAUGGCACAAGAUGACCCUCGCGGAUGCUUACCAUCAUCUCAAAAUGAGACGACCCCAAAUCCGACCGAACACGGGCUUCUUUAAACAGCUCAUCAAAUAUGAGGAGAGGCUCUUCGGAGAGUCCUCGGUGAAGAUGGUAUACUGUGAGGCAAUAGACAAGGAGAUACCGGAUGUCUAUGAACCAGACUACCGGGGUAUGAUGUGGUUCAGACAGAGAUACGGACCCAUAGAUAGAACGUGAGCUAAUGGAACCUACUGAAUAUGAGCUGGAAGUUUGAACAUCACAAAAUAUGAUUGAAAGGCUUAAUGUAAAUUAUGGUUGAAAGGUGGCAAGUCGUGAAAUACCGUAAGUCGUAACGAAUAAAAGUCAAACGAUUUUGAUAA